GUUCUGUCACAAGUUCCAACUCGUCAAGCGAGAGUUCUGCGCGUGCGCGAGCGAAUUUGACGAGUUGGAACUUACGACAGAACGUGCGUCCCCUCUCACUCGCCGUGCGUAGUCAAUCGACCAUAGAGAGGAGAAGAGGGCGUGGCGCUACGCUCUAUCCCUGUAUAAACUCGCUGGUCAUCGAUAGUGCACAUCUCGCCUCACUUCCUUCUUCCGGUCCUUCUCUUGCGCGGCGGGCCGAGAUGGUGAACGUCCCGAAAACGCGCAGAACUUACUGCAAGAAAUGUGGGAAGCAUCAGCCUCAUAAGGUGACCCAGUACAAGAAGGGGAAGGACUCCCUCUACGCCCAGGGAAAGAGGCGCUACGACCGUAAGCAGAGCGGUUAUGGUGGGCAGACCAAGCCAAUCUUCCGUAAAAAGGCCAAGACCACCAAGAAGAUUGUACUGAGGCUGGAGUGUGUCGACUCCAACUGCCGAUCAAAGCGGAUGUUGGCCAUCAAGAGAUGUAAGCACUUUGAGCUUGGAGGAGACAAGAAGAGAAAGGGACAAGUCAUCCAGUUCUAAGCUGCCGCUUUACUUUUGAAAAUGAAAUAAAAUAUUCAAAAUUCAAUA